UGCUGCCACCUGUUGGUCGUUUGUGAGCAUCGCAAAGUCCAGCCCGGUUCUUCGGUCUCACGAGAUCGUCGCGGUCAUGAGGAGCGAAACAGGAAGUGGACCAUGUCAUCGGUGUUCGGCGGCGUUGAAGGUGGGGGGACCCAUUCCAAGGCGGUCCUGGUGACAGAAGAUGGAAGAAUCCUUGCAGAGACUGAGGGGCCCUCCACCAACCACUGGCUGGUGGGGGUGGACAAAUGUAUCGAAACCAUCAACGACAUGGUCCGGGGAGCCAAGGUGGCGGCAGGACUGGAUCCAAACAUUCCGCUGCGCUCGCUGGGCAUGUCUCUGAGUGGGGGCGAGCAAAAGGAUGCCAUCGACAAACUGAUUGCUCACAUGAAAGGCCUUUAUCCUACCCUUAGCCAAGAUUAUUUCAUCACGACCGAUGCCAUCGGUGCCAUGGCCACUGCUAGUGACCGCGGUGGCGUCGUCUUGAUCUCAGGGACAGGCUCCAACUGCAAAUUAGUGAAUCCAGACGGGUCCCAGGUUGGCUGUGGGGGCUGGGGUCACAUGAUGGGUGACGAAGGAUCUGCGUUCUGGAUUGCACAUUUAGCUGUCAAGACCGUUUUUGAUGCCAGGGACAAGUUGGCCACGCCUCCUCAUGACGUGACACAUGUGAGAAAAGCCAUGGAGGAGUAUUUUGAGGUGUCUGACCUCAUGGGCAUGCUGCCGCACCUCUACAGAAACUUCCAGAAGUCCCACUUUGCCGGUUUCUGUCAGAAGCUGGCUGAAGGUGCAGAAGCUGGAGAUGCGCUGUGUCAAUAUGUGUUCUCGCGAGCUGGGAGAGUCCUAGCCAAACACGUGCAAGCCGUCCUACCUGCAGCACAGGAGCCUCUACUCAACGGUGACCUCGGCCUGCCCAUCCUGUGCGUGGGCUCCGUGUGGAAGAGCUGGAAGCUUCUGAAAGCGAGCUUCAUUGAGGUCCUGGAUGAGGCGGCGUCAUCUGAUGAGUUCAAGGCCCGUUUCCACGGCUACAGCCUCCUGGUGUUGAAACAGUCCUCAGCACUCGGAGGUGCAAGUCUCGGCGCGCGGAGUUUGGGCGCACUUUUAAAGAUGGACUACGCGGCCAACGUCGACAUCUUCUACCGUCACUCCUGUAAAAGCAAGCAGUGAGCGUGCAAUGUCAUCCAUGUUGGCAGUAAGAGCGUAUUUUCAUCUUUGACGUUCGGAAAAUAUCGUGAUGUCAGUGAGUCCACAAGUGGGACUCAUUUAACAUAAAUCCACUCGUUUACUCCCAACAAAUUAGAAUCCCUUUUGUGUUGUCAGUGAUUCGGCAAUGGUGCUAUUUGUGCAAGCCGCUCAGCUGUGCGCAUGCAUACAAAAGUGAAUGAACCGCGACUGUUUGACGUGUGUAUACUUUUAAAAUUGAGCAUCUAUUUUUUUAAGGGUAUAUUCCAAUAAAACAGACUCCAUUCUG